GCUAGUACAGGAUAUAGCAAACGUGAUGGUAUUCAGGAAUCGUGUUGGCAGGUCAAUGUGACCCCCUUCCCCACCCCAGCCACUGUGUCCAUGGAGCCAGAGCUGGAGUCACUGACUGAAGGGAGCCCUACAUGAACCAUGAUAACUUCAGGCUGUAUGCCCGGGCUCCGGAUUUAUUAUCGAAUGAGCACUCAAAGUCCCCUUCUGCUGGCUCCAUACUCUGGGAUUCCAGGCUCCUGACUCUUGGCUACAAACCCGGUCCGGGUUUUGUACACUUGAUUCCAGGCUCCACGUUCGGGAUAACAAUUUACCUUGCCACGGAUUAAAAGUUCACUACCCACGCUCCAGAUUCCGGGUUCCUAACACCAAACUCCAUGCACUACUUUCUCUCUCUCAAUGCAGGUUGCGGGUCUUGACUCCAGGCAUCAGUUUUUAUACUCCAUUAUUAGGCACCGGACCUCUGGAUCCAGAGACAAAAUUACAGACUCCAGGUUUCGUGUUCUCCACUCCAGGCUGGAAACAAACACAGCACGCUCCAGGGUUUGGUUUCUCCACCAUAAUAUUCUAAAUUCCAAGUUCCAGGCUUCCUAACUCGGAUUCAAAUCUUCAGACCCCAUGUUACAAAUACCGUAAUCCGAGCUCCGUUCUCCACACUCAAGGCUCCAUGUACUCCAUACUCUAAAAUCCGGGCUCCGGGUUUUACUUCACUCAAUGCUAAAAAUUCAGCUCUCCGAGUGCCUUUCUGUUCACUCCAGGCUCCGGACUCCGAGCUCCUGCUUUUAGUUUCUCUACUCCAGGCUCCAAAUCCUUCCCUCCGGGUUGCUCCUCCUGCUCUGGGGCUCACUCCUUGAGUUUGUGCUUGCGGAAAGAUGAACGCGAUGAUGCUGAGCGCGGCCCGUGGCCUCCUGCUGCUUCGCGGCGGCGGCGCCGCCAGGGCCUCCUCGUCCCUCCUCUCCUCCUCAUUCUCUUCCGCGGGUCCUCGGGCCCUGAGCUCGGCCGCCGACGCGGGGACCCGGGACCGCAUCGCGGGGCUGCUGUCGCAGGACCGCGUGGUGGUGUUCAUGAAGGGGGUCCCCUCGCAGCCCAUGUGCGGAUUCUCCAACGCCGUGGUACAGAUCCUGCGCAUGCACGGCGUGGAGGGGUACACCUCCUUCAACGUGCUGGACGACGAGGGCCUGCGGCAAGGCAUCAAAGAGUACACCAACUGGCCCACCAUCCCGCAGGUGUUCUUCAACGGGGAGUUUGUGGGCGGCUGCGACAUCCUGCUGCAGAUGCAUCAGAACGGGGACCUGGUGGAGGAGCUCAAGAAGAUCGGCAUCCACUCGGCACUGCUCGAUGAGGGGGAGGCCAAGAAGUAGCGCGCGUGGAGGGGGGUGGGGGGGCGCAAGCGCACACGCAGGAACACGCGCACGCAGGCACACACACGCACGCACUUAUAUACACGCACGCACACACGAGCAUGCGCGUGCGCACGCACAGAUGAAAGCGUGUACUUGCAUACGCGCGCACGUACACGUACGCAGCAAACCUCCAGACAGAACCCCCUGUAGCAUUGCGGACUGUUGGGGCCAUGCACAUAUGCGCGCACGUUCACAUGUACACGCACGUGCUUGCGCGGCCAGCGUGGUAAGAUUCGGCCCCCUCAGACAUUUGGAAAAUUGUUACGAUCUGGGAUAUGAACUCUAUUCGGGGUUGGUUUAUUUUUUGACUGUAGCAACUGGGCUGUCUGCAGGAGUCGCGUGAACCCAUUAACAAUAGAAACCGACCAGAGAUGCCAUCGAUUCUUGUACGCAUGGAUCACGAGCGUAAGAGUUGAUUUUUAUUCCAAAUCGAUGAGUCGUUGCGUGUAAAAUGUAUCGCGCACGCACGCACCCAACGCACACCUGAACACCCACGCCACUGGUAGGCACAUAAGCACAGACGAACUCAUCGGUCGAUGCCUCUUGCCACUUUAUACAACGUUACGCCAUGCGGACGGCGAGUGUGUAAGCGAGCAUAUUGGCUUGUGCAAUGUAGGUAUUUGUGCUCGGAAACAGGGGCGAUGGAUCGUAACGGCGCGCAGCGACAGGUCGUACGAACACACGGGCUUGUUUCACAUUUAACCCUUAGACACCAGCAACAGCGGACGCGGGUGAAGGUUUAUUUGACUGGCUUUGAAUCUCGGAUAGAAGUUGAGUUUUUCCCACUUUGGGAGGGGAUGUUGGGGUUGUGUUGGGAUUAUUAACAAAGGAGAGGGCUGGUUUUAAAUCACAUGGACACGGAUUCCCACGCGGCGCCCAGCUACCCUAGCGACAACCAAACUCCAUGUCACCGUGGCAGCCCGAUCGUGAAGUCUGCCCCACAAUUAUGCUAAGUCAUGUACAGUGUGUGCCCCCAUCACUAAUUCCUUCCCUGUAUCAGGCCGAUAUAGCUGUAUAUAAACUUUAAACAAGAGCUUAAUCAUGUGAGAACUCGGUGCGAGUUUGUUUUUUUCUUUCCCCAAUGCGAGUGUAUGUCUGCACGAUUGGGGUACGUGGAAUGACUUGGCUGUCCGUAAAUGCUUUAACCGGAAUGUACCAGCGGCGACUCUCCCCUAUCCCCUGCUUGCACGGCCAGCGCAGUCGUAAUCCGGUUCGCAACAUCAGAGCGCACACGCUCUGAUGUUGUGAACAGGCCGCGACGAUGCCAGGGGACGCUCAUUCGUGACGGCUCCUUGCAUUGCCUUCUACUAAUAGCUACUCGGCCCUGUAAAUGUUCAACGUUCUCCAUAUUUUUGCUUUUGCUCCCUGCCGGCAUAAACAAAAACGGUCAGUCCGUCUUCCUUUUUUCUCCAACUUGUGAUGACCUCGAUGGCCCAGCUGCGCUUGCAAUUUCCUUGUUCUCUGGACGCAGUCGCCGUGGUGGUGGGAAUCUCCGCUCCAUUUCGGACACCGUGGCAGUGCAACUCUAACACAUCGGAGAGCUAUGCAGCGCGCCCCACACAAAAAACCCCUACGCAGUAGACGCUGUGUGCACAUCGCAUGCGUCUGUUUAAGGCAUCAACGGUCAACGCAGAGCAGUGUGGGUGGGGGCACUAGGGGGUGGAAUUCUGAGAUCUUGCAUCAGGCUCAUAAUCUGGUCCGAACCAGAUUAUAAUCGCCUUGCGUCGUAGCACAGGGCAACACCACUUCCAGAUUCCGACACACCGGCAGAGUAUCUGUCGAGUACCAGUAUGACACUUAAAACCCAGGCAGAAAGCGCUUUCAGAGUCCUCGAUACCUGCGACCCAUGGAGCAUAGUGUUUGGUACACGCGAGACAUUGUUUGCCCGGGGGGGAACUUUUUGAAAUUGAACUCGCCCCAGCAGGGAAAGCGGUGCAAGCCCUCUGUGCGGCCGAGCUUACAUCGACUUGAUCCGAGCUCUGCUCGCUGGGGCAGUGGUCCCCCUCGGCGCUGAGAGAGCUCUGCGUGUGAUCCGACCCCUCAAGUGGAUAGUGUAAAGCCUCGUCGAUCGCUUUGGCCAGCAUGGCCUAGCACGACAGAGCUCCGCAUCAGACAUGUCUGCUCAGACAGAUUUGUUACUAAUGCAUGUUCAUGUUUUACGCCACUGGAAUUAAUAUUUUUGAAUACACCCGAUGAGAAAUGUUUCCGA